AAUUGCUGAUUGAAGAGAAGAGAAGAGAAGAGAGAGACUGAGCUAGAGACAGCUGUAGAUCUCUUUCCAUCUCUGCUAUAUAGUCAACAUUUCUUCAAUUCAGUCACCCUUUAGCCAAAGAUCUUCGGCUACAAGGAGAUCCCAUUCAGGUCGCGGAACUUUUGAAAUGUUAGUUGGGUAACUUUGUAAUUGAAGCUGAAGAGACUUAUACUCCGUUUUUAUUGAGUAUCAAUGGAGUCGGAAGGGGAAACUGGGAGUAAGAAGCAAUUGAAGAAUUUGGGUGGUCAGAUCUGCCAGAUCUGUAGUGAUAAUGUCGGCACAGCUGUGGAUGGUGAACCAUUUAUUGCUUGCGAUGUUUGUGCGUUUCCUGUUUGCAGACCAUGCUAUGAGUAUGAGAGGAAAGAUGGGAAUCAGUCAUGCCCUCAGUGCAAGACUCAUUACAAGAGGCACAAAGGAAGCCCAACUAUUCAUGGUGAUGGAGAAGAGGAGGUUGAUUUGAAUGCUGCAACUCGAGAUUUUAACCAAUCGGAAAAUCAGUAUGAGAAGCAGAAAGUUGCUGAGCGUAUGUUGAGCUGGCACACAUCCUAUGGACGAGGCGAAGAUGUUGCGCCUCCAAAUUAUGACAAAGAAGUCUCCCACAAUCACAUUCCUUUACUAACUAGUGGACAUGAGGUAUCUGGAGAAUUAUCUGCUGCAUCACCUGAACGAAUGUCCAUGGCAUCUCCUGGACCUGCUGGAGGAAAAUCAAAUAUUAGGGUUGUCGAUCCUGUUAGGGAAUUCGGUUCCUCUGGAUUGGGCAAUGUGGCUUGGAAAGAGAGGGUUGAAGGGUGGAAGAUGAAGCAAGAUAAAAGUACAGUUGUUCAAACUACAACCAGCCAUGCGGCUUCAGAGAGGGGUAUUGGAGAUAUUGAUGCUACCACUGAUGUGCUUGUGGAUGACUCUCUUCUGAAUGAUGAAGCUAGGCAGCCUCUUUCGAGGAAGGUUUCAGUUCCUUCAUCCAGGAUAAAUCCGUAUAGGAUGGUUAUUGUUCUACGUCUGGUUAUUCUGAUUAUUUUCUUGCACUAUCGGAUAACCAAUCCUGUGCGUAAUGCAUAUGCACUUUGGUUGGUAUCUGUGAUUUGUGAGAUCUGGUUUGCAAUAUCCUGGAUUUUGGAUCAGUUCCCUAAGUGGCUUCCGAUUAACAGAGAGACAUAUCUCGACAGGCUUGCACUCAGAUAUGACCGAGAAGGCGAGCCAUCACAAUUAGCUGCUGUUGACAUUUUUGUGAGUACUGUCGACCCUCUAAAGGAACCUCCACUUGUAACAGCCAACACCGUCUUGUCCAUUCUUGCUGUUGACUAUCCAGUGGACAAGGUUUCGUGUUAUGUCUCUGAUGAUGGAGCUGCUAUGUUGUCUUUUGAAUCUUUGUCUGAAACAUCAGAGUUUGCAAGAAAAUGGGUUCCUUUCUGCAAGAAGUAUAGCAUUGAGCCACGUGCCCCCGAAUGGUACUUUGCUCAAAAGAUUGAUUACUUGAAGGAUAAAGUUCAGCCAUCAUUUGUCAAGGAUCGAAGAGCAAUGAAGAGAGAAUAUGAAGAGUUCAAAAUUCGUAUCAACGCACUUGUAUCAAAGGCACAGAAGGUUCCUGAUGAAGGAUGGAUCAUGCAAGAUGGUACCCCUUGGCCUGGAAAUAACACAAGAGAUCAUCCAGGAAUGAUUCAGGUUUUCUUGGGUCAAAGUGGAGGGCUUGACAGUGACGGUAAUGAGUUGCCCCGGUUGGUGUAUGUUUCUCGUGAGAAACGUCCUGGCUUCCAGCAUCACAAGAAAGCUGGUGCUAUGAAUGCACUUGUUCGAGUAUCAGCUGUCCUGACUAAUGGGCCUUUCCUGCUUAAUUUGGAUUGUGAUCAUUACAUAAACAACAGCAAGGCUAUUAGAGAAGCUAUGUGUUUUAUGAUGGAUCCAAACCUUGGGAAAUAUGUUUGCUAUGUCCAGUUUCCACAGAGAUUUGAUGGUAUUGAUAGAAACGAUCGAUAUGCCAAUCGAAACACUGUGUUCUUUGAUAUUAACUUGAGAGGUUUAGAUGGAAUUCAAGGACCAGUAUAUGUGGGUACAGGAUGUGUCUUCAACAGAACGGCAUUGUAUGGCUAUGAGCCUCCACUAAAACCAAAACAGAAGAAAUCGGGUUUCUCAUCUUGCUUUGGAUCAAAGAAGAGUGGUUCCAAAUCAAGUAAGAAAGGUUCAGACAAGAAGAAGUCUAGCAAGCAUACUGAUCCAACAGUGCCAAUUUUCAGCUUAGAGGAUAUAGAAGAAGGAGUUGAAGGUGCUGGAUUUGACGACGAGAAAACAUUGCUUAUGUCACAGAUGAGUCUGGAGAAAAGAUUUGGUCAAUCUUCUGUAUUUGUUGCGUCAACACUUAUGGAGAAUGGUGGGGUUCCUCAAUCUGCCACACCAGAGACUCUUCUUAAGGAAGCUAUUCAUGUUAUCAGUUGUGGCUAUGAAGACAAAACAGACUGGGGUAGUGAGAUUGGGUGGAUUUAUGGUUCUGUUACAGAAGAUAUUCUUACUGGAUUUAAGAUGCAUGCUCGAGGAUGGCGAUCAAUUUAUUGCAUGCCUAAGAGACCAGCUUUUAAAGGAUCUGCUCCCAUCAAUCUUUCUGAUCGUUUGAACCAAGUCCUUCGGUGGGCUUUGGGAUCUGUUGAAAUUUUGUUCAGUCGGCAUUGUCCAUUAUGGUAUGGAUAUGGUGGAAGGCUAAAGUGGCUUGAGAGAUUUGCUUAUGUCAACACAACCAUUUACCCUAUCACUUCCAUACCACUAUUGAUGUACUGUACUUUGCCUGCCGUUUGUCUCCUUACUGGCCAGUUCAUUAUUCCACAGAUCAGUAACAUUGCAAGUAUCUGGUUCAUAUCCCUCUUUCUUUCCAUCUUCGCAACGGGUAUUCUAGAAAUGAGGUGGAGUGGAGUAGGAAUCGACGAAUGGUGGAGAAACGAACAGUUCUGGGUCAUCGGAGGUGUUUCCGCCCAUCUAUUCGCCGUCUUCCAAGGUUUACUCAAAGUCCUCGCCGGAAUAGACACCAACUUCACCGUCACAUCAAAGGCAUCAGACGAAGAUGGUGAUUUCACAGAACUCUACUUGUUCAAAUGGACAACACUUCUCAUCCCACCCACAACCCUCUUAAUCAUAAACAUCGUCGGAGUUGUCGCCGGAAUAUCUUACGCCAUUAACAGCGGUUACCAAUCUUGGGGUCCACUGUUCGGAAAACUGUUCUUUGCUUUCUGGGUGAUCGUUCAUCUUUAUCCGUUCUUGAAAGGUCUUAUGGGUAGACAGAAUCGAACGCCGACCAUUGUUGUGGUUUGGUCGAUUCUGUUGGCUUCUAUUUUCUCUCUGUUGUGGGUUCGUGUUGAUCCUUUCACGACUAGGGUUACUGGACCGGAUGUUCAACAAUGUGGAAUCAAUUGCUAGAGGAGAUGAAGGGUGUUUUUGUCUUUUUACUGUUCUCUAGUUGAUCAAAUAUUUAUAUGUUUGAAUGUAUGUAUAAUAUAUUAUUAUAUAUGGAAAGUCAAGAGAAAGUAUUUAAUUGUUCAUUUUAUUAUUUAUUAUAUAUUUUGAGAACUUAUUUGGAAACAAUUAAAUUAAUGAGAUGUAUUAUUAAGAAUUAUUAGUUUGUGUUUCU